AUGUCCGACUACGACGAUUAUUUCGACGACGGCGGCAUGGAGGAUGAUAUAGGCGACCUCACCCGAACCGUCCACCCCAAUGAGGCCGAUCAAUCCUCCCCGCGACCAACAAAGCGCCGCCGCCUGCACCGCGGCAAGCCCACCUCCGCGAACCGCGACAGCGACAGUCUAGAGUCAGCCUCGGACUCCUUCAUAGACUACGAUACAGACCCCUGCGAAGAUGAAAUCCCGUCACCGACCCAGUCGUCGCGCUACUUCAAUGAUCCCACCCCUCCGCCGCGCUCCAGAGUGAAAGCCUUCGUGCCGAAGCGCAGUGUACCCCAGGAGGAUAUAUUCGUUACCCAGUUGACACAGCCGCCCUCGCCUCCGGAGCUGAUUCGCGGUCCCCGCUGGAAGAAACCCGAUCCGAGGCCCCCUGUGACGAAUACCGUUCCGGCUGUACAUCGUGGGGAUGUGGGGGGGAGAGCGCCUGCGCCUGCGCCCGCUCCCGCCGGCGCGCCGGCUGCGGAUGAUGACGAUGACGAUGAUAUGGACGCUGCUAUCGCUGCGUCGCUGGCCUCUUUUGAGGAGGAGAACUCCCGCGGUGGCUUGUUCGUAACCCCCGAAGCCCCCGAGUCGCCUCGCGCCGCUCCUGCUGUGCAGAAGGGCAGCGCGGAGAGCGCGUCGUUCGACGACCUCCUCGACGAUAUCCCCGAUGAUGCGUUUGACUCGGAUCUCGAGUCGUCGCCGCCGCCGCUGGAAGACCCGCGCGGAGACUCACGGCCUGUGGCACGGCCUGCGCAGCCGACGCCGAUACAGUCCGUUAACCGGCCGCUGGGUGUGCGCCAGACGUCGCUGUUUGAGAUGGCCUCUCAGAAUCGAACGGUCAGGCCGCCGCCCGUCGGGGAGCAGGUGUUUACCCCUCCGGAGAAGACAGAGCCUCCAACCCAGCACAAGCUGAACCAAGACGCGCUGGAUACAUGGCUCUACCCGACGAACCUGGGCAAGACCAGAGACUAUCAGUUCAACAUCGCGCAGAAGGGCCUGUUCCACAAUCUGCUGGUGGCGCUUCCAACGGGUCUGGGAAAGACGUUCAUCGCGGCGACGAUCAUGUUGAACUGGUUCCGAUGGACCAAGGAUUCACAGAUAAUUUUCGUCGCCCCUACCAAACCGCUUGUCUCGCAGCAGGUAUCCGCCUGCUUUGGGAUUGCCGGCAUCCCGCGCUCGCAGACCACCAUGCUGACAGGUGAAGCAGCGCCGGGUAUUCGGGCCGAGGAGUGGAAGGCGAAGCGGGUAUUCUUCAUGACACCGCAAACGCUGAUCAACGACCUGAAGUCGGGGAUCGCCGACCCCAAGCGCAUCGUCUUGCUGGUAGUUGACGAAGCGCACCGCGCGACCGGCGGGUACGCGUACGUGGAAGUGGUCAAUUUCCUCCGGCGAUAUAACCAGAGUUUCCGCGUCCUGGCUCUGACGGCAACGCCGGGGUCGACGGUCGAGUCCGUGCAGGCUGUCAUCGACGGGCUGGAUAUCUCGAGAGUGGAGAUCCGCACCGAGCACUCGCUCGACAUCCGCGAGUACGUCCACGCCAAGCACACGGACGUCGAGACAUUCAAGAACUCCGAGGAGAUAGUUUUGUGCAUGGACCUCUUGUCCAAGGCGUUGCAGCCUCUCGUUGACCAGCUGCGGAACCUGAACGCUUACUGGGGCCGGGACCCCAUGGCGCUGACUGCGUACGGCCUGACCAAAGCCCGUCAGCAGUGGAUGCUCUCCGACGCGGGCAGGAAUGCACACUGGGGAUUGAAGAACAAGCUCAACGCGAUCUUCACUGUCCUGGCGAGCGUGGCCCACGGCAUUGAUCUCCUCAAGUAUCACGGCAUCACGCCGUUUUACCGCCACCUGCAACAUUUCCAGUCCAAUACCGAAGGGCAGAAGGGCGGCAAGUACCAGCGGGAGAUUGUGAAGGACGAACACUUCAAGAAGCUCAUGAACCACGUCCAACCGUGGGUCAAGAACCCGGAGUUCAUCGGGCACCCGAAACUGGAGCACCUGAAACAGGUGGUGUUGAACCACUUCCUAGACGCCGGCGAAGGCGCCGAGGGCCAAAACGGCGGCAGCGGCCACCCGUCCACGCGCGUCAUGAUCUUCGUCCACUUCCGCGACAGCGCGGAGGAAGUAACGCGGGUCCUCAAGCGGUACGAGCCGAUGAUCCGACCUCACGUUUUCGUCGGCCAAAGCACAGCGAAGGGCUCCGAAGGCAUGGGCCAAAAAACCCAACUGGACAUCGUGCAGAAGUUCAAAAAAGGCACCUACAACACCAUCGUCGCCACCUCCAUCGGCGAAGAGGGCCUCGACAUCGGCGAGAUCGACCUCAUCGUCUGCUACGACUCGUCGGCUUCGCCCAUCCGCAUGCUGCAGCGCAUGGGACGUACGGGUCGCAAGCGUGCAGGAAAUAUCCUCCUCCUCCUCAUGCAGGGCAAGGAGGAAGAAUCUUACAUCAAGGCCAAGGACAACUACGAGAAAAUGCAGGAGAUGAUCGCCAGCGGCUCCCGCUUUACCUUCCACGACGAUAAGUCUCCGCGUAUCCUCCCCGCCGGCGUGCGCCCUGUAUCCAGCAAACAAGCCAUCGACAUCCCCGACGAAAACGCCGACCAGGGCCUGCCUGAGCCGAAGAGACGAGCCCGCGCACCCAAGAAACCCCCCAAGAAAUUCCACAUGCCCGACAACGUCGAAACGGGCUUCACCACCGUAACUUCGUUCCUCACAGGCGGCCACCAACCUCAACCCAACAACAAGAAAAAGGCAACCCCCGCAAAAAAGACACCCAGGAAAACCCGCACCCCCACCCCAGAACCAGUCGCCAUCCCACCCCUGGAAGACGUCCUCCUGACAGACACCCAGCAACGGGACCUCGAACGCCGCUACUGCAACGUAGUCGGCACCAGUCCCCAGUUCAUCCGCUACCCGCGCAGCGACGCCUUCCCCCGCCACCAGCUGCAGCCGCGGCCUACGAACGCCGUCAAGCAUGGGUCGUUGACGCAGCGCAUGAUUGGUGCACUGCAGAAGAUGGACAGGGUGGGACCUGACUGCGAGGGUAGAUAUAGGGAGGUUUUGGCGCGUGAGUCGAGUCGACGGUCGGGGGAGUCGGUGCUUGAUCCGCCAUCUCCGCCUUCCCGUCGUCCUGUUGCGAAGCGUAAUCGGACUGAUGAGCAGUCUGCGGAACGGGACAAGGAUGAGGAGGACGAAUUGAUAUCGCCUGAGCAGUUGCUGUCUUCGUUUUUUGGGCCUUGA